GAUGCGACCAGCUGCCUUCUUAAGGAGCACCUGGAUCAUCAUUCGACGCCAGUUCGUUGUUCCUCCAAUGGUGCAUAGUCUGGUCAACUCAUGUUCCUGAAUGUUGCCACGUCUCGCUUUACUUAUUGUGCUUCUCGCUCUGUCUCAGGAAAAACCUCCUCGGAUACUCACCUGGUCGCAGUCCUCUGGUCUCCUGUGUUUUCGCUCUUGGAUUUCCACAGCCAUACUCCUCCAGCCAGCUGCCACGCCUCCUCCUGGAAAGAAGCCAUACUCAUCUUCCUCUACAUUAAACCAUCUAAACUUACCUCUUUGUCCGAGUCUCCUUCCGGGUUCCAGCGUUUGGGUCACUCUGAACUUACGUCAAAUCAUGAUAAACUUUUUUUUUUUUUUUUUUAAAACGAGCAGAACUUCUACUUGUAAAGUAAAAUUUUGAAAUGUAUCGUUUUUUUACAUUUCUGUGCCAGUGGUUUUGUUAUGAAGUGUUUGUCAGGAAAGCUCAGGUUGUUUCAAGUACAGUAUAAAUAAAGCUUAUUCUCAAUUUAAAAAAAAAUCUUUUUUUUCAUUCUAUUUACUUUAUGCUUUUUAUUUCUUCUUUCUGUGUUUCCAACCAACCAAAUUUUGUUGUAACUGUCGCAAAAAAAGAAGAGUGUGUAAACGGUGAGGCGGUCAUGUGUCUACACUUCUCAGAAACCAGAGAUCAGCUCACAAGCCUCAUCUUGGAGUUGAAGACGACCUGAGAUGAGGAGGAUGCAGCGUCCCAUUUGGUGGUUUCCUUUGACAUGCAGAUUGUUUCUGUAUUCUAUGAUUAUCAGUCUGAGCUCUGUGGAGACACGGCACACAGACCUGAGCAGCCUGGCUCUGAGGGAGUCAGGACCUCUGCUGAGAGGUCUCCAAUCCCUCAACAACCUGUCAGAGAUGCUCCUCAGUACGGACUCUGACAUCGUUCUUCCUGGAUGUCAGACAUUUGAUGACAUCAGACAAGAGAUCGAGGACAUGAAGCAGCACCUGGAAGAGUCAGAGCAGAUAGCUGUUGGAGAACUGCAGCACCUCGAUGAGGAGACUGAGAGUCUGACUGCAGAGCAAAGUUCUUUAGAGAAACAGAAGAAGAGGAGAGAAGGUGAACUAGGAGACUUGAGACUCCAGCUGCUCUCUCACAGGUCUUCUUUGCAGAGUUACAAUGAAGCUCUGAAGACUGAGAAACGCAACCUGCGGUCUGCAGAAACAACUCUGUACAACAUGAGAAAGAAAAGAGAUGAAGCAGAGACAAUGAGAAAUGUUGGAGUUGCCAUGAUGUUCAUUCCAAUUGUGGGAUUGAUUCCUGGGGCAGUCAUGACUAUUGUUGGUCAGAAUGAUCUAGACUCAGCCUCUGAUCAGGUAGACAGAGCUCGCAGUGAGGUAGGGAGGUGUGAAUCUCAGAUAACGUCCUACUCCAAUCAAGUGUCCCGCUAUGAGGGACUCAUCUCUCAAGCUCAGACCGACAUCCAAGAGGCCAACAGGAGGAUUCAUGAAACUGGGCUCAAACUGCAAACCUUGUCUGUGACGCGAUCAACUGUUGCAGACUUUCAGAGUAAAACUAGAAGAGCUGUCCAUCAACUGGGGCUGCUGUGUGGAGUGGGGAGUGUGGCAGAGCUGCAGACCCGCCGUCUGAUCCUGCUGGAGCCUGUGUUGAACGUGAUGGAGGAAAUGAUGGCAGCUCUGGGACGGAUGGACAGAGACGACCUGCUGCACUCUCAGAAGAUGGAAAGCAUCAUGUGGGACAUGAGAAACAACCAAAGGAGGUUGAGCAAAACAAGCAAUCAGUGCACAGAUAAUUCACAUAAAGAUUAUUGCUGAAAAAUGACUAGUUGAGACAUGAGUUGGAGAGCGGAUUUCGUAAAGGAUGCGAGUGCAAAGCUGGACAGGAAAACAAUACUAAAAAAACAUUUUCAUUGAAAAUUCCUUUUAUUUUUACUUGUUUAGCAAUAAUCAGAAGAUAUGUUUAUUUUUUUCAAAUUCUCAUAUAUUAUUGAGCUUAUCUGUGUGCACACAGCUGUUAAGAGGACGAAUGUUUCUGUCUCCUGUUGCUCCUUUUUCUUUCUCUGUCAUCUAAGGUGUCCAUGUUUUUGUACUUAUUUGAGCUACACUCUGUUUUUCUUUACAAAUAAUGGCC